UCUCUUCAGCCGUGGAAUUCAUCGUGAAUUGGUUGAUUCGCGUUCCGUUGCAGAUGCCCAUAAACAUAACAGUUGGUCUUCUGCACUUCCUGUCAAGCAUAUUCCCGAAUUUUUUCUCGUAUCUACCGAAGACCAUCGACGCGAUGAGGGAUUACGUCCGCGACCGAGCCAUUAGUCUUCUCGAGAAAGGGAUGAAACUGAUGUGGCAUUUUCUCACCACCACGGGACUCCCCUGGUUGCGUCGCACUCUCGAUCGAGUCGCCAAGAUGCGCAACAUCCCCGAACCCGUUAAGGGCUUAAUACAAGGCUUCGACACGUUCUACAGCCUGGCAGAGAUCAUGGGAGUCGUUAGCCCUGCCUAUUGACGCCCGUAGUUAAUCAGGACUGUAAUUUCGCAUGUAAUCGAAACUAGAAAAGGGAACGAAAUAAAUAGUCCUGGAACAUCGAAUUCCUUGCAAUUUCACCGAUCAGCGAUAUCGUUUCUCAUCGCCCCUUUUUCUCUAACGUUGCGCCGUUUGGAACGAACGAGACCACGAGGAGAAAGCGAACGGAGAAAUCGGUGUUCACAGGGAUGCGGGUGCACGAUACCCCUCAAUUAGCUAACAGAUUGCGCGAAAACGUCGUAGGACGUUUCGUCAUUUCUUUCGUUUAUCGCUGAACGAAUUUCGUGGCCUUAAACGCGCGUGCUCGCGCCUCCGAGCGUAAAACGGUGCUUACGUAAGUCGAAGGACGUUACUAAUCGAGCAACGAGGAGAAUAUCGCGUCAUCGCGCUCAUCUAUUCGUGUCGUUAUCGCGGUUUUACGCUAGGCGGCUUAUCCGUCGAAUCGAAUAGAACGAAACUGCGAUCGAAGACUGGCCAGCUCGGUGACAACGCUCGGCCGGCCGGAAAUAUUCGUCGAGGCGGGACAAACGCGUCGAUGCAUCGCGACGACGAGCGUCACGCUCCGCGAGCGCGGGCCGCGCCCGCCGCCCGUAUCGCGAGCGUUUCGAACACGCUUUAUCGUCGCGUCUCUUCGCCGGCUGAGAAUCGACGAAAUCCGCUCCGCGCGGUGCAAUGCCGGUUACGCCACCGCGCGAUUAUUCCUGUGCCAUCGCGCGUUCGUUGCUAUUCGUUUUUCACGCGUACAGGUGUACACGCAUACUUUUGUUCGCGUUUCCCGACGCGUCAGUUGCUCGCGAAAUCGCAACUCGCAAGCACCAUUUUUUUGCUCGCGUCGUCCGCGAACCCUUCAUCGUUUCUAUCUUACUGUUGGUCGCGCCGUUGUUCAUUUCAAAGUCUAAGAAUCCUCGAACGUGUUUCACGUUCUCGCGAUCCGAAGAUCAAUAGCGUUGCUCUGUUUUUGGAGAACGAUCGAAAGGAACACCUCAAGUCUCCUCUCGAAUACGCCUACUCUCCGUCUUCGGUUUUCGUGAGCCGACGACGCUCGUUUCCGUUGAAUCAACGACGUAACGAGGCGCAAAACGCGGUUACGUAAGAGCCGGUGUUCGACCAGCCGCGAACUAGGACGCGCGAGCGAACGAUCGCGAGUAUCCUUGGCACGAUACUCGACCGGAAACGCGGCGAUGCUCACACUGAUCGUAACGAUCGCGAUUUGCGGCUUCCUACCGAAAACGGGUAAGCAUCGAAACUCGAUCGAUGAUCGACGGAAGUUUAACCACCGUCGCGUUGCAGAAGCGCGCGAAAACUGUUCCGACACCGGUUGGGAGAAAAUCGGUGGCGUCAAGCCGGAUUCCGUAGAGUCCUCCACGAUUCUGUACAACGCCGUAAACUCGAAAGGGAUAACGAAACCGUGCUUCGAGAGGUGCGAUCGCCAGAACUGCACCGCGUUCGUGGUGGAUUUCGGCCGAAGCGUUUGUUACAGCGUGAGAACGGAAGACGACGAAUUGAUACCGGAACCGAACUCGACCUUCUAUCAUCGGGUCUGCGUGAAAGUUCCACGGAGUUGCGAACGGGAGAGACUUUGGCAAGUCGAGCGAAGCCCGGGGGCGGCGUUGAUCGAUUCCGGGGCCUUCCGGUUGCCCGAUUCCGUCUCCAGGAACCGGUGUUACGAAACAUGCAUUCGGUCAGGAAGGAGCUGCCAGUCGGCGCAAUUCCGGACGACGAAGCCGCUGUCGACCGACGACGCGAUGGGACAGUGUUCGUUGUCGCUGCUCGAACGAGGAUCUAAACCGCGAGCGUACAGAGCGUCUAUGUACAGGGACGAGUACCUUUGGGACCAGUGUCGAAACCUGUCGGCACAAGAAUAUUGCUCCUACGCGGAAUUUCGAAACGCCACGUUGCCCUACUCGGACGUCGCGCUGACUAAUCUCGACGAGAAACAGUGCCAACGAAGAUGCGAGCUGAGCAUGGACGGCUUCGUCUGUCGAGGGUACACCGUGGACGACUCUUCCGGAGAGUUGACCUGUCUACUGCACUCGGAGGACACCAACAGCCUGGGAGUCAGUUCGCUGAUCACUGCACCGAGCGCGAUCUACAGGGAACGUGAACCGUGUUUGGAUCUGAGGGUGCGAUGCGACCAAUCGGUCAUGACGAUCGAGCUGAGGACCAACGAUCCGUUCUUCGGUCGAGUGUACGCGACUGGGUACGCGGAGGAGUGCGGAGUUCAAGGCAGAGGAGGAAAUCGGACGCUGUUGACGUUGCCGGUCCCAGCCACGGACCAUCUACGCGACGACAACGGGUUCGAGUGCGGUCUGAAUCUCGCUUUUUCCGUCGACGCUCAAAAUCGGACACGGCCUCUGGUCUGGACGACGAUCGUAGUGCAGUUUAAUCCGAUCGUCCAACGUCUCGGAGAUCAAGCGGUCAAGGUUGGAUGCUCGCUGAACGACAACGAACCUCAAGCUCCCCGGAACGUCACCGUCCACUCGAGCUUCAGCUUCCUCGAUCCGAACGCAGGAGUGCCGCCCGUUUCCUCCACCGUCGUCAACGCCUCGUCCAGAGCACCCUUGGUGACCAUGAGGAUCUUGGACGAGAACAUGCGGGACGCGGUCGUCACGCACUUGGGGCAGAAACUGACCCUGAAGAUUCAAUUGAAUCCACCGAACGGUAUUUAUGACAUCGAAGCCGGACACCUCGUGGCGAGCAGCGCUUCCGGCGAUGCUUCUCUCUUGCUGCUGGACGAACUCGGUUGUCCGACCGAUCCCGCCACUUUUCCGGCCCUGUCGAAAGAUCCGAGCGACGGUCGCUCCUUGAUCUUAACCUUCGGCGCCUUCAAAUUCCCCGACAGUCAACUGGUUAGGUUCAACGUGAUCGUUCGAUUCUGUUUAGAUAAGUGCACGCCGACUCGCUGCAAAGGCGACCUACUUUCCUACGGUAGGAGAAAACGAGAAUCUCUGGAAGCUCCCGAAGAGCUGCCGCUGCAACUCUCCAUCAUCGUGCAGCAUCGUUUCGCGUCUUCGCCGGAUCGCUUGUUGUCGACGAGAACGAACGCGUCACCCGACACCGUGUUGAUCACCGCAGGAAACUCUGUGAACGGACUUCUUUGCGUGGACGCCAGUCUCGCUCUGGGCCUGUUGAUAUUCUGGCUGAUUGUUCAGAUCGCGUUAAUCGUCGGCUGUCUCUUGACCGUCGCGCGAUACAGACGAAUGGCCGUGCGAGCGGAGGAGGACAGAGCCAACGUGCUGGCUAGACACCUGUACGGCAUCCACGGGGGAAAUUUCGAAAUAGCGCGAAGAGUCCGAUGGGCUGACCAUCGUGCUUCCUCCUCGUCUCUCGGCUAAACGAAGGAAAACGAUAGUUUCCUCUUGGAAUUUUCCACGAACAAGACUAAUGAAACUGAUAAAAAUAAUAACUUCUUUUAAUUAAA